AUGUGGGCAGUGUCAGCCAAGAUGUUGUCCUCCUACACCUUGACAUCCUUCUUGCCCAUCUGGUUUGCACGGCGGGAUUUGGAAGGCUACACUAAUGAUGCCUAUGCCUUUUGGAACGCGCUGGCCGUUUCUCUCGCGGGGCUCCUCUCUGUCUGCAUUGGCAGCGCAAUAGGACACACCUGGAGCCGGCGGGAUGUGCGAGCGCCGUGCUUCCUGGGGCUCAUGGGAGCUUUGGUCUCCCUUCCAUUGAUCUUCAUGAUGCUCUUGACCCAGUACUUUAGAACGUCCCUUCUUUGUUACUUCGCAGUGCUGGUGAUUGGUGACGCGUUCCUGGGACCCUCCAUGAACCUUCUACAGCUUGCAUUGCGAUCUUCAGUUCGAGGUCAAGCCACCUCCAUGCUUCUGGGUGUUGCGGCACUGGUGGGGAAUCUGGGCCCAGCCAUGGUGGGCAUCCUGGAUCCAGGCGGAGUGAACAUCGGAAUCCAUCUCCUUUGGAUUUGCUCCGCCGCGCAAGUCUUCGCCGCCCUCAGCGACUCGGACCGAGGUGGAGACCGGAGUGUGUCUUAUUUUGGGGGAAUGGACCGAGGUGCUUCAAAGUGUUUUUUUUGUUUAGCUUACUAA